GCCGUUUCCCGCCUUUCAGCAGCAAAGAGAAGAGAGAGUGCCUUUCAUCGUUGAGAUCCCAGAACCGGAGACUUCUUCUGCAAAUUCAGGAAACAAGAAAUGGCAAUCGGGCGCGGGAAGAAGAAGGGUGAAGUAUGCAAGGAGCCAAUACCAAAUCCAGAAGCUGCAGAGCGCUUGAGGCUCAAAGGAUUGGCCUUCUCUAAUGGAAUACUUUCUGGAACCCCAGCCAAUGCCUCUCUUCGUCUCAAUCCUUCAAACACUGUGCUUAAGCAUCCCGGCAAAGACAUUGUCAAGAAAUUCCAGCGAAGGAACAAGUUCCUCUUCUCAUUUCCAGGUCACAUUGCUCCCAUCGGCCGCGGCGGCAAGAUCGGUGACCUCAAGGAUUUGGAAAAAAAAAACCCCGUUCUCUACGUCGAUUUCCCUCAGGGCCAAAUGAAGUUAUUUGGAACCAUCUUAUAUCCAAAGAACAGAUAUCUAACUUUGCAGUUUUCUAGAGAUGGAAAGAACGCAAUGUGCGAGGAUUAUUUUGACAAUAUGAUUGUAUUUUCAGAUGCAUGGUGGAUUGGGAGGAAAGAUGAAAACCCUGAAGAAACCAGACUUGAGUUUCCAAAGGAACUGUACGAGGGACAGCAAACUGACUUUGAGUUUAAAGGUGGAGCUGGUGCAGCACCUGUAGUUAUUCAACGUGCUGCCAAAAUCAAGAUGGAGCAUGCAAAGAAACAAGAAACACCUACUGAAACUGGUCUGUCAGAGAGACAAAACAUCUUGAAAGAUACAAUGGAGGUGGUUCCAGUUCAUCAUUCGGAUAGAACCGCUGGAAAAGCUUACAAAUUUGCAGAAAUUUCUUCUGGUUUGGACAGCCCUGAUGUUUCUGUACACAAAAAAGCGGUGAAAGCUAAAACUGCUGUGAAUAAUCAUAAUAGUUUAAAGAAAGAAAAUCCAUAUGCUCUUGCAGUUGAUAUUGAUCAUGAUGUCACUUUAAGAGAAACUCAACUCCUCCAGAAGAAUAGAAAGUAUGCUUCAGGAACAAAGUCCAAGAAACUGUUUCAAUGUUCUUUGAUGACUCCAUCUAUAGAAGUCUUGUUCCGUAAUCGCGGUUCACUUGUUCCGGCUACCAUACCCGCAUUGUUCAAGAAAGUGGAGGAACAGGCCGACAAUGAUGACAUUGAAGAAUUUUCGAGUACUUCAAAGGAAACUGAUGGAAGUGAUGAAGACUGGGCUCAUUGAGAGUGUGAUGUCCCUUCCCUCGUUAAAAUGGUUGAACUAUUGACAGACAAUGUUGCAUAAGAUGUUGAUCCCAAGCCAAACUUUGCUUCUAGGAAACUAGAAACUUAUCAACCCUUUCAUUUGUUGCCCUGGACAAGAACUUCAUGCAGAUUGGGGGCUUAAUCCCAGCAAGAGCAAGUAUUGAAGCAGGCAGAGUCCAUAU